ACCACGUAUUUAUCAUAUCUUUAGCAGUUUACAGCGCUCAAAUCAAUAUAAAAGAAGGAAGCUAGUUGCCAUCUUAAGUUCAUUUCUAGAACAAUCAAGGACAACAUGAAGUCAAUUAUUCUUCUCUGCGCAUUGGCACUCUUUGUUGCUGUUUGUGGUGCUGACGAUGUGUGCAGCUUGCCUUCAGAGACCGGACCUUGUAGAGCAGCCGCCAGACGAUUCUUUUUCGAUAAAGCAUCUGGGGAAUGCAAACCGUUUACUUAUGGAGGAUGCCAAGGAAAUGGAAAUAAUUUUGUGACUGAAAAAGAAUGUCAAGACGCUUGCGCUUAAAUGCGUCAACAGGAAAGAAAAGAAGAAUUUUUUUGUCAUUGGAUGAUAAAAUUUAGAAGAAAAAGUUGAUGUAGAAAAAGUGUUAUGAAUGUCAAUAAAGACAAUUGUCACUGA